AAGCAGCGGAAUAGAGCAGUCGAAGCGGAACAUCUUUUCCUGAGAGAGAGUGAACGAGCGAGACGUUGACAGGGUGCAGGUGCAGGUUGUUCACAUGUGCUCGAAGCAUAGAAACUAGCAAAUAAAUCAGCAGAUCGGCCAGAUCUAUAAGCAGAAAGCCAGUGACUGGACUGAUAAGGCGUGGCACUUCUCUAGUGCAAAAAUAUAUUUAGAACUAUAGCCCAAGAUGUUUUCACACACAGUGAGGGUCUUCAAGAUGAUGUACAUUGUGGCGGGGAUCCUCAUCAGCAAUGCGGAAAUCUGUGACACAGUCGAUCGCAUACAAAUCGCGCCACGCGUCGAUCUCAAGCCGGAGUUUGAGCAGCGCGCCCUGACCUUUGGCGGGAACUCUGGGUCAAGAUCGGGCUCUCGCUCGCGCUCGCACUCUCGCUCGAACUCGGGAUCGAGCUCCGGAGAGGAAUCGGGCGAGAGGAAGCGCGGCCGCCGUGUGAGCGUCAGCGGACUGGCCGGCGGUGUGGUGCGUGGCGUGACGUCGCAGGUGUCGAAGCGCGUUGGCCAUCGCUUCGGUUGGCUGUACGACGUGCGGCUGAUACUGCAGCAGUGGCGCUCGUUGGCGCUCAGCUUCAACCUCUGGACGAUCCCCAACUUUAUUGUCGAGUGUGUGACCAGCUACAUGAGCAAAAAGCUGCUCAUCAACAGCGACUGUGAUAUGAUCUACAAGUAGGAUACUAUAAUCCCCUACUCGUACAAGUGCAAGUGCAAGUUCGGUACACCAAGACGCUGCGACUUUUAUUACUUGUAUUACUUGUAUUUAUAAUAAGUGCCUUUACAUUUAGAUAGUUUUAGGCUUUGCAAAUAAACAACAAUUAGUUAUAGACAAAGA